AUGGACAUCACCGUGACGUGCAGCCAGACGCCUACGAUGCUCCUGGUGGCUGACUUUGCCGGCGACCGACAGACGCUGGGCGCGGCGCUCGGACUCGGCUGGGCCACAAUGGGCGCCAUCAUCCCGGCCGUGUACAUCCAGAUCUGGGGCGCGGCCUACUUGACGCUGCACUGGUUCAUGGGGCUGCUCUGCGUCGUCAUGUUCAUCAGCGUGACAGUCGCCGUUAUAUUCGGCAAGGAGACGCCGCUGGAGAAGACGGAUAACGUCAGCGCGUGUCGAAGCAUCCAGGACUCUUUUGUGACGAUCUUCAAGGGCAUCCGGACCAUGCCCCCCAUGCUCACAGUGUACGCGGCCAUCAUGUUCUUCGUGCUGUACGGCUACUCGGCCUACAACGGCAACAAGGGCCAGUUUUUCGGCCUCGUGGUCUACGGAGGCUCGGCCGACAACGCCGACUCGUGCAACCCGUGCUCGGCCGAGCAGAUCGCGUACAACCACGGCGUGAGCAAGGCCAGCGGCCUCGGCGACCUGCUCUUCAACACCGUGGGCUACGUCUACUCGUGGGUGCUGCCGUUCUUGGUCCGCCAGUUCGGCGCGCGCGUUGUGCUGUCCGGCUCGAUGCUGGCCCAGGCGCUGCUCAUGGCCAUGGCCUUUUGCUCCAGCGUGGGCUUCGACCUCUUCGUCGUGGCCAUUCUGUCCGUGGCACAGGGCACCGCGUUCGCGCUCAUGGUGCCCACCAUAAUCCACGUCUUCGGCGGCCGCAGCGAUGUGGACAUCGGAAUGUAUGUGGGGGCUCUCAACUCGGCCAACUGCUUUGGUCAACUGCUCAACUUCGCUAUCGGCACGGCCGUGGUGCAGACGUCGCUGGGCUACAAGCUGCCAGUGUUUCUGGGCGGGGCAAUGAGCUUCUUGGGCUUCCUCGUUGCGGCCUUCCUCUUCAAGGUCAAGAUGCACUCCAUGUAA